UUUAGAUUGAAGAUCUGCAGGAUCAGAAUUAAACGAGAACGAAGCAGAACCAGGACUCGGAGAUGGACCGGGAUCAGAACCAGGACUAGGAGAUGGACCGGGAUCAGAACCAGGACUCGGAGAUGAACCGGGAUCAGAACCAGGACUCGGAGAUGGACCGGGAUCAGAACCAGGACUCGGAGAUGGACCGGGAUCAGAACCAGGACCAGGAGUCCAGCAUCAGGACCAAAGCGGGAUCUUCCUCUGCUGGUCUGCAGAAACAUAAAGGCAAAGAGAGACCCACAAGUUAUCGUUGUGAUCACUGCAAGAAAGUCCUCACCACUUCAUCAGGUCUGAGAAAACAUAAGAUGAUUCACACUGGAGAUAAACCGUUCACCUGUGAUCAGUGUGGAGCAGCUUUUACUGAGUCAGGAACGCUAAGCACUCAUCAACGUAUUCACACUGGAGAUAAACCGUUCAGAUGUGAUCAGUGUGGAGCAGCUUUUACCCAACGAGGUCAUCUAAUGACUCACCAACGUAUUCACACUGGAGAUAAACCGUUCACUUGUGAUCAGUGUGGAGCAGCUUUUACCAGACGAGAUAGUCUAAGGAUUCACCAACGUAUUCACACUGGAGAUAAACCGUUCAGAUGUGAUCAGUGUGGAGCAGCUUUUACUCAGUCAGGACAACUAAGCACUCACCAACGUAUUCACACUGGAGAUAAACCGUUCAGAUGUGAUCAGUGUGGAGCAGCUUUUACUGAGUCAGGACAGCUAAGCACUCACCAACGUAUUCACACUGGACAUAAACCGUUCAGAUGUGAUCAGUGUGGAGCAGCUUUUACCCAACGAGGUCAUCUAAUGACUCACCAACGUAUUCACACUGGAGAUAAACCAUUCACUUGUGAUCAGUGUGGAGCAGCUUUUACCACAUCAAGUGAUUUAAGGACUCACCAGCGUAUUCACACUGGAGAUAAACCGUUCAGAUGUGAUCAGUGUGGAGCAGCUUUUACUCAGUCAGGACAGCUAAGCACUCACCAACGUAUUCACACUGGAGAUAAACCGUUCAGAUGUGAUCAGUGUGGAGCAGCUUUUACUGAGUCAGGACAGCUAAGCACUCACCAACGUAUUCACACUGGAGAUAAACCGUUCAGAUGUGAUCAUUGUGGAGCAGCUUUUACCCAACAAGUUACUCUAAGGACUCACCAACGUAUUCACACUGGAGAUAAACCGUUCAGAUGUGAUCAGUGUGGAGCAGCUUUUACUGAGUCAAGUACUUUAAGGAAUCACAAACGUGUUCACACUGGAGAUAAACCGUUCAGAUGUGAUCAGUGUGGAGCAGCUUUUACUCUGUCAGGUAAUCUAAGGACUCACCAACGUAUUCACACUGGAGAUAAACCGUUCAGAUGUGAUCAGUGUGGAGCAGCUUUUACCCAACAAGGUAAUCUAAGGACUCACCAACGUACUCACACUGGAGAUAAACCGUUCAGAUGUGAUCAGUGUGGAGCAGCUUUUACUCUGUCAGUUAAUCUAAGGACUCACCAACGUAUUCACACUGGAGAUAAACCGUUCAGAUGUGAUCAGUGUGGAUCAGCUUUUACCAGAUCAAAUCAGCUAAAGAGACACCAACGUACUCACACGAGUGAUAAACUCUAAAGAUGUGAUCAGUAUGAAGUGUGUAAUUGCAAAAAACACCUCAGCACAGCAAAAAAGCAAAAUAAUCAGACAACAUACCGAAACUUGAAAGACUAACAUAUGAUGCCCCCUGGACACCUCCUGGGAAGGUGUUUCUGGCAUGUCCCACCCUGUGUGGGGUGAGGGAAGUCUGUACAUCUCUGCUCAGACUGCUGCCCCCGCUAAACAGUCCCACAUCAAGUGGAUGAAGAUGGAUGGAUGGACAAAAUCCAUAUAUCUGCAAAAAGCACAACUUUAUUGUUACACCAUACUGAGCUACAGAAUGUAAUCUAACUAUAGCAUGAACUAUUCCACAAAUACUGCAUUAGCACAUCUCUAACAUCUCUGCCUUCCUCCUCUUCACCCCGAGCCACUGCCACCACUGGCUGAAGUGGUGCUGCUGCAGGUACAUCCUAUGAUGUUUCAUAAGUCUUUCCAUGACUUUCACACAGAUUAUGCAGUGGACAGGAAGUCAUCACCAUUCAUUUCACCAGUCGGACAUCACAGAAGGCAACCUGCUGAAUUCAUCUUCCACAACCACUCGUGCUCCGUUGACUUUGUGCUUAAACGCAGACUGUUCUGCUGUCAGUCGUCCAGUGUCAUGGAAUGGUUUCAAGAGCCAGUCCUGCAAAGGAUAAGUAGAGUCUCCAAGAAGGAAAUACCCAGCAGUCACUGUAUAUUCCUGAUGUGAGCUAGGAAGAUGUUCCUCCGACUGGCUAACUCCUGUUUAUGUAUUAUAUAUGUAAUCAACCAUUUGUCCUUGAGAGCUGAACUUUCAGGAUCGAUUCCUCGAAUGCUUUGCUAAAUUUGCCCCUUUUUAACAUUUCUUGAUAUUUUGAUGUUAAAUCUACUGUUUUUGGCAAUUUCUGUACAUUCAAUAAAUUUCAGUACCCUUUUACCUGAAGUCUCCAUUAACACCAAACUUUGCACAAUAAAUGUUUUGGAUUG